GGAGGGGCCUUGCUGAAGCUCAGGGGGAUUUGGGGGCAAUGUGUGGUUUUUGGGGGGUUUUGUGCUCCCAGACAUUCCCUCACAGGAGCUCCUGGUGCUGUUUGGGAUCGGCUGCUUCAGGAACUGCCCUUCUCCCUUAGGAUCCCCCAGCCCCUGGCAGGAGUUGGGGAUCACCUGUGGGGAUUGUGGGGCCUCUCUGACUCCUUCCAUGAAAUCCAUCGGCACGAAGAGCCCAAAGGAGCACAGGGCGCUGUUUGAGGAGAUCACCAGGAAUUUAGGGAUCCCUGUCAGGGCUUUAGGGAUCCCUCUCAGGGCUUUGGGGAUUUCUCACUGGGGUUCAGGGAUCCCUGUCAGGGCUUUAGGAAGAUUCCUGCCCCUGUUUCCGCAGGGAGCCGUGGAGUCCAUCGCCAUGAAGAACCCGAAGGAGCGCACGGCGCUGUUCGAGGAGAUCAGCCGCUCCGGGGAGUUGGCCCCCGAGUACGACAAGCGCAAGAAGGAGAUGGUGAAGGCCGAGGAGGACACGCAGUUCAACUACCACCGCAAGAAAAACAUCGCUGCCGAGCGCAAGGAGGCCAAGCAGGAGAAGGAGGAGGCCGAUCGGUACCAGCGCCUCAAGGACGAGGUGGUGCGGGCCCAGGUGCAGCUGCAGCUCUUCAAACUCUUCCACAACGAGGCCGAGAUCGAGAAGCUCAACAAGGAGCUGGGGCUGAAGAACCGCGAGAUCGACAAGGACAAGAAGAGGAUGGACAGGGUGGAGGACGAGCUCAAGGACCGCAAGAAGGAGCUGGGCAAGAUGAUGAGGGAGCAGCAGCAGAUUGAGAAGGAGAUCAAGGAGAAGGACUCGGAGCUGAACCAGAAGCGGCCGCAGUACAUCAAGGCCAAGGAGAACACGUCACACAAGAUCAAGAAGCUGGAGGCGGCGCGGAAGUCGCUGCAGAACGCCCAGAAGCAGUACAAGAAACGCAAGGCAGACAUGGACGAGCUGGAGAAGGAAAUGCUCUCCGUGGAGAAAUCCCGGCAGGAGUUCGAGGAGCGCAUGGAGGAGGAGAGCCAGAGCCAGGGGAGGGACCUGACCCUGGAGGAGAACCAGGUGAAGAAGUACCACCGGCUGAAGGAGGAGGCCAGCAAACGCGCGGCCACGCUGGCCCAGGAGCUGGAGAAGUUCAACCGCGACCAGAAGGCCGACCAGGACCGGCUGGACCUGGAGGAGAGGAAGAAAGUGGAGACCGAGGCCAAGAUCAAGCAGAAGCUGCGGGAGAUCGAGGAGAACCAGAAGCGCAUCGAGAAGCUGGAGGAGUACAUCGCCACCAGCAAGUGGUACGGCCGCCUCAUUGACCUGUGCCAGCCCACGCAGAAGAAAUACCAGAUCGCGGUGACCAAGGUGCUGGGCAAGAACAUGGACGCCAUCAUCGUGGACUCGGAGAAGACGGGCCGGGACUGCAUCCAGUACAUCAAGGAGCAGCGCGGCGAGCCCGAGACCUUCCUGCCCCUGGACUACCUGGAGGUGAAGCCCACGGACGAGAAGCUGCGGGAGCUGCGGGGGGCCAAGCUGGUGAUCGACGUGAUCCGCUACGAGCCGCCCCACAUCAAGAAGGCGCUGCAGUUCGCCUGCGGGAACGCGCUGGUCUGCGACAACGUGGAGGACGCCCGCAGGAUCGCCUUCGGCGGCCACCAGAGGCACAAGACGGUGGCCCUGGACGGGACGCUGUUCCAGAAGUCCGGGGUGAUCUCGGGCGGUGCCAGCGACCUCAAGGCCAAGGCUCGGCGCUGGGACGAGAAAGCUGUGGACAAGCUCAAGGAGAAGAAGGAGCGGCUGACGGAGGAGCUCAAGGAGCAGAUGAAGGCCAAGCGCAAGGAGGCCGAGCUGCGGCAGGUGCAGUCCCAGGCCCACGGGCUCCAAAUGCGCCUCAAAUAUUCCCAAAGCGACCUGGAGCAGACCAAGACGCGGCACCUGGCCCUCAACCUGCAGGAAAAAUCCAAACUGGAGAGCGAAUUGGCCAAUUUUGGGCCGCGGAUCAACGACAUCAAACGCAUCAUCCAGGGCCGGGAGCGGGAGAUGAAGGACCUGAAGGAGAAAAUGAACCAGGUGGAGGACGAGGUUUUUGAGGAGUUCUGCCGGGAAAUCGGGGUCAGGAACAUUCGGGAGUUCGAGGAGGAGAAGGUGAAGCGGCAGAACGAGAUCGCCAAGAAAAGGCUGGAGUUUGAGAACCAGAAGACGCGGCUGGGGAUCCAGCUGGACUUCGAGCGCAACCAGCUCCGCGAGGACCAGGAGAAGGUGCUGAUGUGGGAGCAGGGCGUGCGCAAGGACGAGGCCGAGAUCGAGAAGCUCAAGAAGGAGGAGCAGCGGCACAUGAAGAUCAUCGACGAGACGAUGGCGCAGCUGCAGGACCUCAAGAACCAACACCUGGCCAAGAAGUCGGAGGUGAACGACAAAAACCACGAGAUGGACGAGAUCCGCAAGAAGCUGGGCGGGGCCAACAACCAGGCGUUCCUGGGCCCCGAGAACCCCGAGGAGCCGUACCUGGACGGGAUCAAUUACAACUGCGUGGCCCCCGGGAAGCGUUUCCGCCCCAUGGACAACCUGUCCGGGGGGGAGAAAACCGUGGCUGCCCUGGCCCUGCUCUUCGCCAUCCACAGUUACAAACCGGCCCCGUUCUUCGUGCUGGACGAGAUCGACGCCGCGCUGGACAACACCAACAUCGGCAAGGUGGCCAAUUACAUCAAGGAGCAGUCGGCCGCCAACUUCCAGGCCAUCGUCAUCUCCCUCAAGGAGGAAUUCUACACCAAGGCCCAGAGCCUGAUCGGCGUCUACCCAGAGGUACCAAAACUGCCCCAAAACGGCCUGAAACACCCCAAAACACCCCAGAAAUACCCCAAAAUCACCCCAGAAAUAGCCGGGGGGGUCCGGCUGUGA